CUGGGCCCGCAACGCUGCGGGGGGGCACGAGCGCCCUGGGCUGCGGCCGGACGCUGCUGGCCCCGAUCCUGCGGGAAGGGGGAGGGGGGCUGAUGCCAGUGGGCCCGAUCCCGCACCGCACCGCCCCAUUUGUGCGCCCCCGGCGGCUCUGAGCCUGGGCGGCUGCCCCGCUCGCUCCGCCCUAGUUGCGGCGCUGUACAAGAUACCCAGAGACCACUUGCUUCCUGCCCCAGCGAGUUCAGAGUCUGAGGCCUGAUCCAGCAGGCCCGGGAUCUAGCCUUACCGGCACCCGCUGAAGAUGAGCAAAUCCAUAACUCCUUCAACAUACGUGCGCUGCAUUGGCUAUAAACUCAUGAUGCAACUGGCUGAUUUCAUUGAUCCACAAGAAGGAUGGAAGACGCUAGCAGUAGAUAUAAAAGACCCUUCUGGCGAAAACAGAUACAACCAAAUGCAUAUAAGGAGAUUUGAAGGGCUAAUAAAGAUGGGAAAGAGCCCCACCUGUGAAUUACUCUAUGACUGGGGAACAUCAAACUGUACAGUUGGUGAUCUUGUGGAACUAUUGACCAGGAAUCACUUCCUAGCACCAGCUAGCCUUCUGCUUCCAGAUGCUGUUAGGGUGGCAGAUGAUGUUACGGUACCUCUUUCUUCACAAGAAACUAUGCCUAUACAUAAAACUAUGCCUGUACAGGAAAAACCAGUAAUAUCUGCAACACCUCUUUUAGCUCAGAGUAGUGAGGGACAACUUUCAGCUCCUUCCUGCUUACCUCAAGAGAACAACAGUCUGCAACUUAGUGACACAGGUUUCCACAGCUUUUGGUUCCAUGAGUUGAAAAAUGUUACAAACAACUUUGAUGAACGACCUACAUCAGCUGGAGGUAAUAAACUGGGAGAAGGAGGCUUUGGAGUUGUGUACAAGGGCUACAUCGAUGGCAAAAUUGUGGCAGUGAAAAAACUUGCUGCUAUGGUUGAUGUAAGCAUUCAAGAUCUGAAACAGCAGUUUGAUCAAGAAAUAAAAAUAAUGGCAAAAUGUCAACAUGAGAACCUAGUAGAACUGCUUGGUUUCUCAGGUGAUGGUGAUCAGCCCUGUCUGGUUUACGAAUACAUGCCCAAUGGUUCAUUGCUUGACAGACUGGCUUGUCUGGAUGACACUGCACCAAUUCCUUGGAGUGCAAGGUGUAACAUUGCUCAAGGUACAGCAAAUGGCAUCAGCUUUUUGCAUGAAAACAAUCAUAUUCACAGAGAUGUUAAAAGUGCAAAUAUCUUACUAAAUGAAUUAUUUGUGCCAAAAAUUUCUGACUUUGGACUUGCAAGGGCAUCUGUGAAAUUCACACAAACCAUCAUGACAGAUAGAAUUGUGGGAACAGCAGCCUAUAUGGCACCCGAAGCCCUGCGUGGAGAGAUAACACCCAAAUCUGAUAUUUUCAGUUUUGGUGUGGUUUUACUGGAAAUAAUAACUGGGCUUUCGCCAAUAGAUGAAAACCGGGAGCCACAGUUACUGUUAAGUAUCAAAGAAGAAAUUGAAGAUGAGGAAAAGACAAUUGAAGAUUAUGUUGAUGAAAAAAUGAGUGAUUGGGACACCAUUUCCAUUGACAAAAUGUAUUCAGUUGCUAGUCAGUGUCUGAAUGAAAAAAAGAACAGGAGGCCAGACAUUAAGAUGGUCCAGCAGCAUCUACAAGAGAUAAAAGCCUGAUAUCUGUUUCUUACCAGUUUGGUGCUAUUCCUGCAUUCGAGGCUUUUGUGACCUAUAUAUGCAAUCUGUUGUUGGCCUUUCACCACUGUGCCACCAGGCAACGAACUUUCUCAAAGACUUUAUGCCUUAGUCAUUUAAGGGAGUUGAUGUCUGAUUAAAACAACGGGUAUCUUAAAUCACUUCCAUAAGACUUUCUUCAGUGGCCUUAGAGAGAGAGAACGCUGAGGAUCUUUUUAUGGCAACAUAUUGUGCUUUUGCCAUACCAUCUCCACUUCGUUUUCUAAAUAUAUUUCCUGACUAGAAUCCAGGCUUCUGCAGCUCCCUGAGUAAAAUGUACCUGUUACAAGAAGACCAUGAUAAACAAAUUGAUGACUGGUAAAUUGCUUCUAAGCAGAAAGAGUAGAAACCAAAAAGAGCUAGUCUAAUUAGCAAAAAAACAUUUCAAACUGAAGAGGUCAGUCUAUAUUGCUCUCAGCCGGAGUUCAGGUAAUUUCCAUUAAUCUGUUGUUCCAUGUGGUCAUAGUCAGAAUUCAAGACCAGAAGGGACUACCAGAUCAUCUAAUCGGACUGGCUCUAUAUCACAGGCCAACACCCAUACACAACCCAACAACCUAAAUUAAACUAAAAUAGUACAGCCCACUGGUGACUAAACUAUUAAGUGCCACAGGCCAAUGAUUAAGCCAGGGAAAUGAUUUAAGUGAGAUAUAGCCAGAUAAUCCUGGCAAGUGACCCGCAUCCACAUGCUGCAGCAGAAGGUGAACCGCCUCCCUCUCUCCCCCCUCCAAGGUCACUGCCAAUCUGACUGGGGGAAAAUUCCUUCCGAGCCCCACGUAUGGUGAUCCGUUACACCAGUUACAUGUGAGCCAGAACUAGCCAGCCAAGCACCUGAGAGAGAGACUACUCAGUGUCACCUCAGAGCCCUGGUCCUUCCUGUCCAGUGUCUCAUCUCCAGCUGUGGGCAUCCCUGAUGCUUUAGGAAGGACAUAAUU